CAUUUUAUUGUUUGUUAUAAACUGAAACAUGGUCGGCAAGAGUAAGAAGAAGCGCAAUAGCAAAGAUUCCACAUCCAGCAAUGCUGGCAGCGGUGAGGGCGAUGAAAAGAAGAAAAAGGAUGGCGGUGGCGGUGGCGGCGGUAAGAAAAAAGGAGGCGUGGGCAAAUCCAUUGGCUGCGAUAUCUUCAACGAUGCUGCCAUGGAGAAUGCAUACUAUGUGUGUCAUAAUGUUCAGGAUGUGCUGAAAUCGCGCGGCUUCGCCUGGCCCGAUGGCCAAAAGAAGAAAAAGAAGGGAAAGCGCUGAGAACAGGUGUGCGGGAAAUGGUCUGCUUUCAGAUUUUGAUAUGAGAGCAACAUUUUAAAUAAAUGUUG